GAUUAAAAGACCCUUCUGGUUCCGUCUCCAUAUAUCAUUCAAACUGUUCGUACAUAUUUGUGUUGGUUUGUGUUUCACGUGCUUUCCGUGUCAGACAUCAGAGAAUCUACUGUAUGUUUACAUGUUUACAGUAGGAUCAUACAGAGAAUCAGACAUCAUUAGGUGUGACAGUUGCCUUUACUUUCACUCUGCCAAUGCUUCACGUCCGUGUCAGUUAAAACCAUCUGGACAUACUAAAUAGAUAUUUAAAGGACUCUUCUUCUAAGGAGAAUUUGAUUCCCAAUGCAAAGAUUAACUGCAAUUGUUAUCCAGACUCUGUCACCAUUCACAUUCAUUUAAUCUUUUUUCCAAUGUUCACUGAUUUUCCAUGAUGUCUCUGCUGGUGAUUUCUCUGCCUCUGCUCCCAGUUGUGGUCAUGAUGACAAUUCGGUUCCGCUCAUCACUUUUGGCCCUGUGUUAUCGGGUGUGUGCUGGCAUACUGAAGCUCACACACAGAAAGGUCUGUGUCAGCUCCACUCAUGCUUACGUCUUCUCAAACUGCACCCAUGGACAGGCUCAGAGUGUUCUGCUGACCUUUGAACUCUAUUCCACCACACACGCUACCCUCAGCAUUGGCCCUCAAAAAGGUGAGUUGCUGGAUGAGAUUGUGAAGCGUGAAGCUCCACUAAUGGUUCUGGAGUUGGGUAUGCACUGUGGCUAUGCUUCGGUCAGAAUUCUGCGCCUGCUCCCUCCUUCUGGAAAACUGCUGGCCGUAGAGCUGGAUCCCCUGACGGCAGACAAAGGGGAGGAAAUCAUACUAGUGGCGGGUUUCAAAAACCCGCAGUUUCAGGUACUGACAUGCUCGUCAGCUGAGGCCAUCUCGUCUUUAUCUUCUCACCUUGGGGACAGUCGUCUGGAUCUGGUUCUAAUGGAUCAUGACCCUGAGCAGUACCUCCCAGACCUCCUGGCUCUACAUAGAGGGAAGCUGCUGUCUGCUUUCUGUGUUGUGUUGAUCAACAGAGCUCUGACGUCUGGAGCUAAAGACUUGCUGGAGUAUGUAACCGCCAGACCUCUGAGCUACAACAUAGUCAGACAACUUGAUGGAAUGAUGGAGUUACAUUGUCACAUGGGUUCUUAGCAGAGGUGUAUAUGAGUAAAUACUGUUAUACUCAAGUCACUCUGAAUACUCCAAUAUUAAAGUAUUUGGUUCAAAGUCGUUGAGAUUUAUCCAUUGGUUUGAAUGUUGGUAAAAAUAAAACUUGGAUAAA